CCCCCCCUCCCUCCCUCACCCCCGCGCCGCCUUCGCCAGGUUUCCAUUUUGAAAGCCAUUAGAAGAUAUUGGAUUACUUCCUAUACAACUCAGCAUGUCACUGUGCCCUGGAUUUUAUAAGGUGGCCAUGAUUUAAUCCCCACUUCCAACUUCUAUGUAUUGGUGAAGCAUUUGGAGCUCUUUAGAGCUGCCCUUACUUGUCUGGGAACUGAUCCAUCUCGAAUCCCCUCUCCAAAGGACUAGACGUUACUAGCAAUGAGCUCCCAAAGCCAUCCAGAUGGGCUUUCUGGCAGAGACCAGCCAGUAGAGCUGUUGAAUCCACCUCGAGUGAACCACAUGCCUAGCUCUGUUGAUGUGACCACAGCACUGCCCUUGCAAGUUGCACCGACUUCAGUCCCCAUGGAUCUGCGCUUGGACCACCAGUUUUCCAUGCCCGUGACGGAGCCAACGCUGCGGGAACAGCAGCUCCAGCAGGAGCUCCUGGCACUCAAGCAGAAGCAGCAGAUCCAGAGACAGAUCCUCAUCGCCGAGUUCCAGCGGCAGCACGAGCAGCUCUCCCGGCAGCACGAGGCCCAGCUGCAUGAGCACAUCAAGCAGCAGCAGGAGAUGCUGGCAAUGAAGCAUCAGCAGGAGCUUUUGGAGCACCAGAGGAAGCUGGAGCAGCACCGACAGGAGCAGGAGCUGGAGAAGCAGCACCGAGAGCAGAAACUUCAGCAGCUAAAAAACAAAGAGAAAGGAAAAGAGAGUGCAGUGGCAAGCACAGAAGUAAAGAUGAAGUUACAAGAAUUUGUCUUAAAUAAGAAGAAGGCCUUGGCACACCGGAAUCUCAACCACUGCAUAUCCAGUGACCCCCGCUUCUGGUACGGGAAGACCCAGCACAGCUCUCUGGACCAGAGCUCCCCACCCCAAACUGGCGUAUCCGGCACCUACAAUCACCCUGUACUGGGGAUGUACGAUUCCAAAGAUGACUUCCCACUCAGAAAAACAGCCUCUGAACCCAACCUGAAGUUACGGUCCCGGCUAAAGCAGAAGGUUGCGGAGCGGCGGAGCAGCCCCCUCCUGCGCAGGAAGGACGGCCCGGUGGUCACUGCUCUGAAGAAGCGCCCGCUGGAUGUCACAGGUACGUCAGACUCUGCAUGCAACAGUGCUCCUGGAUCUGGUCCCAGCUCUCCAAACAACAGCUCCAAUAACAUAAGCGCCGAGAACGGAAUUGCAGGAUCAGUCACGAGUAUCCAAGCCGAGACCAGCCUGGCUCACAGACUUGUGAAUCGCGAGGGCUCGGUAACACAGCUUCCACUCUACACAUCUCCCUCUUUGCCCAACAUCACGCUAGGACUGCCUGCAACUGGCCCUUCCAGUGGAGGGUCAGCACAGCAGGAUGCCAUCCCGACCCUACCGCAGCGGAUCUCUUUAUUUCCGGGCACCCACCUCACUCCAUACCUAAGCACUACAACGUUGGAAAGAGAUGGGGGAACUGCACAUAACCCUCUUCUGCAACACAUGGUCUUACUGGAACAGCCAGCUGCACAAACUCCCUUAGUCACAGACUGGUAUCUUUCAGGACUGCCCCUCCAUGCACAGUCUCUGGUUGGUGGAGAACGGGUCUCCCCUUCAAUACACAAACUCCGGCAGCAUCGCCCGCUGGGGCGCACGCAGUCUGCUCCCCUGCCCCAGAACGCCCAGGCCCUCCAGCAGUUAGUGAUCCAGCAGCAGCACCAGCAGUUCUUGGAGAAACACAAACAGCAAUUCCAGCAACAGCAGCUGCACAUCAACAAGAUUAUAUCCAAACCCAAUGAACCAGCUCGCCAGCAUGAAAGCCACCCUGAGGAGACAGAAGAAGAGCUGCGGGAACACCAAGCCCUUUUGGAGGAGCCAUAUGGUGACAGAGUCACAAGCCAAAAGGAGGCCCCAGGGCUGACCAACAUGGUGCAAGUGAAGCAAGAACCCAUUGAGAGUGAUGAGGAGGAAGCAGAGCCACAGCAGGAGCUGGAGUCUGGGCAGAGGCAGGCUGAGCAGGAGCUGCUCUUCCGUCAGCAAGCCCUUCUGUUGGAGCAGCAACGUAUUCACCAGCUGAGGAACUACCAGGCGUCGCUGGAAGCAGCUGGCAUGCCCGUCUCCUUCGGAGGCCAUCGGCCUCUGUCCCGGGCUCAGUCCUCCCCUGCCUCAGCCACCUUCCCAAUGUCUGUCCAGGAGCCACCCACUAAGCCAAGGUUCACAACAGGCCUUGUGUAUGACACCUUGAUGCUGAAACACCAGUGUACCUGUGGAAACACCAACAGCCACCCCGAGCACGCGGGGAGGAUCCAGAGCAUCUGGUCCCGGCUGCAGGAGACGGGGCUCCGUGGCAAGUGUGAGUGCAUUCGUGGAAGAAAAGCAACUCUAGAAGAGCUGCAGACAGUUCACUCGGAAGCCCACGCGCUGCUGUACGGCACAAACCCUCUGAACAGACAGAAACUGGACAGCAAGAAACUUCUAGGUUCCCUAACGUCGAUGUUUGUCAGGCUCCCUUGCGGUGGUGUCGGGGUGGACAGUGACACCAUUUGGAAUGAAGUCCACUCGUCCGGCGCCGCCCGCCUGGCCGUGGGCUGUGUCAUUGAGCUGGUGUUCAAAGUAGCCACGGGAGAACUGAAGAAUGGAUUUGCUGUCGUUCGGCCUCCGGGUCACCAUGCAGAGGAGAGCACACCCAUGGGUUUCUGCUAUUUUAACUCUGUGGCAAUUGCAGCCAAGCUGCUCCAGCAAAGACUGAAUGUUAGCAAAAUCCUUAUCGUGGACUGGGAUGUUCACCAUGGGAAUGGUACUCAACAAGCUUUCUACAAUGACCCAAAUGUUCUUUAUAUUUCACUACAUCGCUACGAUGAUGGGAACUUCUUUCCAGGCAGUGGAGCUCCUGACGAGGUUGGCACAGGAGCAGGAGUUGGUUUCAAUGUUAACAUGGCCUUCACUGGUGGCCUCGAUCCACCGAUGGGAGACACUGAAUACUUAACUGCUUUCAGAACGGUAGUGAUGCCCAUUGCCAAUGAGUUUGCCCCAGAUGUGGUGCUGGUGUCAUCUGGUUUCGAUGCAGUGGAAGGUCACCCCACACCUCUGGGAGGAUACAACCUGUCAGCAAAAUGCUUUGGGUACCUGACGAAGCAGCUGAUGGGCCUGGCCGGGGGCCGCGUUGUCCUGGCCCUGGAAGGAGGCCACGACCUGACAGCCAUUUGUGAUGCCUCAGAAGCCUGUGUUUCUGCUUUGCUGGGAAAUGAGCUUGACCCUCUCCCAGAAAAGGUUUUCCAGCAGAGAGCAAAUGCCAACGCGGUGCAUUCGAUGGAGAAAGUGAUCGAGAUACACAGCAAAUACUGGCACUCACUGCAGCGUUUCUCCUCCACGGUGGGAUACUCCCUGGUGGAGGCGCAGAAGUGCGAGAACGAGGAGGCAGAGACGGUGACAGCCAUGGCCUCUCUGUCGGUGGGCGUGAAGCCAGCUGAGAAGAGACCUGAUGAUGAACCUAUGGAAGAGGAACCUCCCCUGUAGCAUCCACCUUCGAGCUGGAGUUCUCCUGUUUGUUCGUCUUCGUCUUGAAGCUCUGCCAAGAAGCUUUCUCUUGUUACUCCUGCGUCCUGUCAUGGUUUUCUCCAGAAUACAGAAGGACAACCAGGUGUAAAACAAAGCAACUGAAAAAAAAAAAAAAAAAGAAAAAAAAAGUCUCUCCAUAUCUCUACUCGUCUGCAGUAUCAAUUUGCUGAAAAAGAAACAUGCUGGUGAAGAGCAGUAAAAAGGACUGACAACACUGGGCACUCUUCCUCUUGCCCUCACCGGGAGCGGAACGGGGAACGAGGCCCGUGGAGGCUUUGGCACAGUUGCCAGGAAAAGAACCAACCAAACCAAACAUAAAAAUCGAAGCUUCAUCAACACACAGGAAGACAAAGCAAACAAACCUUAAGGUAAAACUGGUGCUUACAAUUUGAUGACCCACCAUUCAGCAACCUCUGCUUGAACCACUCGACCCAUCCUUGUAGUUGCAUUUUCCUUGGAUUUUUUAAAAUGGCUCUUGCCUGCCUGUGAGUCAACGACGUUCUUGUCGGAACCAGAACAAUGGGAGAUGUUGUAUUUUUAAUGGGGAGGGACAGGGAAGGAGGGACUUGUCUUACAUCUAAAGGAAAGGGAAAAGAGAAGGGGGGAAAUGGUAGCCCAGAUGGAGUCGGCUUUAUUGUCUCCAAAGCCAUCUGAAGAUGAGUUUGUGCCUUUUUUUUUAAUUGAUGGAUUUGGUGCAGCUGGAUUUUCUGAAGUUUUGAGGAACAAUGCCUUAAGUAAAAAAAAAAAAAACACAAAACAAAACAAAAAAAACAACAUAAAAGACAAAACAAACAAAAAAUUCACCACAAAGAACACAGCAGUUCGUGAAUAUUUUUCCUCUGGUUGGGAAAGCCAAGAAUUGCCAUCAGGAAAGGAAGACUGGUUUGUUUUUUUUUUUUUGGCUUGUGCUGGCAUGAUGGUUGGGAAGCAGGCAUCAGCUGAACAGAGCGUCUCCAAAAGCUGUCUACAAGUUUGGAUUUGUUUUGUUUUUCUUUCAUUGCUGUUUCAGAAAAAAAUAAGGAAAAAAAAAAAAAAGUGGGGAAAAAAGGAAAAAUGAAUUAAGGUAGUUGCCAAGAAAGUGGCAAAUACUGUUGGGUCUUUGAAAUUCAACCAUUUUUGAAAGCAAAUUUUCCAGUGUUUUCUCUCUUCUACAUUACCUAGUAAUUGAACUUAUCAAUUUGGUUUUGAAGCAUGUACUAGAGACAAAUGCAGGUUUAAGACUGGAAUGCUUUUUAUCAAAAGCAACUAGCAUGAGAUAUUGCUUAAAUUGUUAGGUAUAAAUAUAUAUGUGUGUAUAAUGUAUAUUCCAAAUGUUAUUCCAAGCUUAGAAACCGGAUUCCUAUGAAUUACUGAUACAAAUAUUUAUGAUGCAUUUACAGAAAAAAAAUAUAUGUAAUAAAUGCAUACGAUAACAGUAGCCAUUGGAGGCUCCCUAGGGACAGAUUUUUGAAUUGGGGAUGUCAAAGGUGCUUUUGGAAAAGGAUCCAGGUUGAAACUCGAGGACUUUUGAGGCAACAGGUUGGGGAAGUUUUUCAGAAAGCCAACACGUUAGCCACUGGGCAACUACCCUAAACAUUUGUAUUUUAAUUUAAGGUUUUUAGUUGCGGUCCUUUUCUAACAACAACAACAAAAAAUGAGUUUUUUAUAGCAAAGACUAUGAAUUUGCUGUUGAUUUUUAUAUUGAGACUUCACAACCCCCUCAAGAAGCCUUGUUUGUGCGACUCUUUGACACUUGAUUUCCUUUCGGCAGGUUUCGUUUCCGAUCGAAUUCGCGUCUCAGCCUUUCUUUCCCCCCCCCUCCCACUCUUCUUGCUUGUACAUGAUUUUCCUUUGUGUCUUUUUUUCUUUUUUUCCCCUCCUUUUUCUGAAGUCUUUCAGUGAGCAGCUUUCUGCAGGCGUAAGGAACCUUGGCAGAUUGGUCAGAGUUUAUUUCUUUUGUCAGAGAGAAGGGCGAGGUUGUUUUUUUAGCGAGGAGGAGGGAACACGAUGAGCUCUUGUCUAUAACGCUACCGCCGACUGUAUAUUUUCCUCCGUCCUGUUGUAGUAGCUGUGUAAAGAACAUAAGGAAUUUUCUUACCUUCCACAUAGUAGUUAUUCCAAUGGGCGACGUCUUUGUCCUCCGCGAGGAUCCCGGCGGCUGCCGCCGCUGCCCACCCUUGGGAAGCCUUGUCAGACCCUCGUGGGACAGCUGGUGUUUUUCUCUCCGCCGGACACGCACGCUCAUCUCUUUUUUUCUCCCCCUCACUCUUUCUCUCCUCUCCUUCCCCUCGCUGGUAGGGCUGGAGAACUUCUCCCCCAAGUAUUUUUCCCCCCCCACCUCCCUCAAGGAGGUUGUUGCUGACCUUCGCCUCCUGAGGAGGGCGGUGGGUGAAGCACCCGAGCUCUGCCACCAAGAGCUCAAGGAGCCCGGCUCGACACGGGUGCCUUCUUACAGCAGUGUAGGAGAGCACACACCCCUCAUCCCAACAACAAUGGGAAGCUUUUUUGUCCAUCCUUACUCUGUUCUGUGGCAAUGACGACUGGCGGGGGUCGCUUCCAGUAACUCCUCUUUUUUUCCAGUUCUCGAAGCGGCCGUUUUCAUUCCAUUCAGGACUCGCUCGCGGGAGGAAUUUGAAGCGUAAUCAUACACGUGUGAGCAAAUGCAAGAGGCUUUUUUUUUUUUUUUGGUGCCUUUUUUUUUUUUUUUAAACUAUGACUUAUUCCUCAGUUUAUAAUGCAAUUUAGAAACCAGACACUACUGUAUUUGAGUUUUUGCAAACCCAAGUACGUGCUGAAAUCACGAAUAGCUUCGGUCGCGUGGGACCGGCCUCAGCAGAUUCUAGAAGUGAUCUUCCCGUGUCCAAACACGACGUACCUGGAGAUGUUGUGGUUUUGUUGUUGGUUUUUUUUUUUUAAUGAUGUUUCUUUGUUUGUUGUUUUUUUUUCAACCGACCACUUUGCUGCUGUGAUCCAAACUCAAACCUGGCUGCCAAAUCUGGUGACUGACUUUCAUGUUUCACCGUGUAGACGCUGUGGGCAGCGACCGCCUUGACGCGUCCGUUUCUGUCAUCCGCUUCUCCCCGGCGGGUUUUCUUGUAUCUCCUCUGGCUUGUGGCAAAGCUUUUCUCUCUCCCUUUCUGUGUCCCUGAGAGCCCCCGUGCUGAGCUGCUUUCUUUGGAAAACUCGGAGGAGCUUCUCAGGAUGCUGCCUUCGUUUCUUUCCAUCAUUUCGCUCAGCUUUUUGCCAGGGAUGGAAAGAUUAUUUCUUCCCCUCCGAGACGUCUCCUCCAAACUCCCGGAGAUGUGGAUUUGUCCCUCAGCGGUGCCCACUCCCCGGGUGAAGUCGGGAUGCUCCUGGUGCAGAUGCAGAGAGGGGGGGAAGGAGCCCUCGUUUUGAGGCUCCCCGGAGAUCUUUUUUUUCACCUUUUGAGCCAUUAGCUUCUUCAUUUCAGAUGACUUUGCUGUAGGGCAGCUGCACCGGCAGGGCAGGAGCCCAGGGUGCUCCUGCAUCCCUGCCGAGUGCUGCGCAGGGCGUCCUUCAUACCUGCUUGGAAAGAAAAGAGAAAUCUUUAAACCUUCUUUAGAGAGAAGCGAGGCCCAGUUUGCAGUACACAAGUAAUCAUUGGAGUUUUUGAGGGGUUUUUUUUUGGGGGGUUGGUGUUGCUGGGUUGUUGUUGUUUUUUUUUUACUUUCAAUACAAAACAUUCCUUUUUUUAUUAGUCGCAGUCAUGUAUUCAUUCCAUUCUUCCUUUUGUAAACUUUUCUGGGCCCACGUCUUUUAGGGGCAUUGAUAUAUAUAAAUAUAUAUAUAAAAAAAUAUAUAUGAAUCUAUUUUUUUAAGUUUCCUACACCUUGAGGUUGCAUGGUCUGUAAGGUUGGCAUGUCUUUAUAUUGUAUACAGAUUUUUGCACGCCAAACUUGGCAGCUUUGAAAACAGACACACACAGAAAAAUUGUGGUUUUUGGGGGGU